AUCCAGGUUGAUGAUGAUUUUGUGUUGUGAGAAUUAUGUAAAGAAGGUCUAGUGAAUUUGGGAAAACCUUAUAUUUUGCUAAAUUUUCGCGACACACAGGUGACCGGUAGGUAUAUAAGAGUGGUUUCCCGUUGCUCACGGAAUGCUUUGUUCCAUUGUUGUGUGCUAAAGCCAGGGCCGUUUGUUUUUAUUGUCGCGCGCGUGAGACCGAACGGAACGGAGCUAGAUAAAUAGAGCACUGAGUUGGUACUCUUCUCGCGGAUUAUCAACCAAAUAAGAGGAAUAGCAGCAGAGGAGGCAGGUAUUGUUCGCUUGUCAUCGGAAAUCAUCCGAUCUCGCUGAGCCGGUUUUAGUGUGCGUAAGGGUCAACGCGAAAACGCAAACGGGUGUGCAUUAUUAUCAUAUCCCACCAAGUCAUCCACCGUCAUUAUCCAGGUCAGCACAUACUCUCAUCCUCGCAAUCAAGGGAACCUGGUGCGUGAAGUUGAUAAACCGCGAUUAUUCAGAAGAAAAAGAAUAGUCGAUCGGUGAAGGUGGUCGUCAGCAGAGGCAUUCGGCCUAGCUAGACUCACUGACUGUGUUCUUACAAUCACGGCCAACACGGCGACAACAAUAACAACGCAGAGGAAAGGCACUCCAUCAACAAGAUGCAACAAAUAGCUACGAUCAUCGGGGCGAACGCCUACUAUGACGGAAGUCGCGUGUUCACUUGGCUUGCCGAUAUUUGUGGCUUAUCGGUAGAUUUGGUUAAUUUUCUUAUCACACAGUUUUUGGCGUUGAUUCUAGCUUCAGCAUUUCGAUCUUACCUGCAUCCGUCCAAGGUGUCGGCCAGUACCCGGCACGCAAUUGGGCUAGUAAUUGGUUUGUUUUUCGGUUACUUCUGCUUCGGUCAGCAGGCGAUCCACAUUGCCGGACUCCCUGCCGUCUGCUAUGUUGUUAUUCGCACUCAGAAUCCUCAAAUCGUUCAACGACUCGUUAUGGUCGUGGCAUUGUUCUACUUAUCCUGUAUUCAUCUGCAUCGCCAAUACUACGAUUACGGAUCGUACUCGCUCGACAUCACCGGACCGCUUAUGAUCAUCACGCAGAAGGUGACCAGCCUAGCAUUCAGCAUUCACGACGGCUUCACGCGCGAAAUGAACGAUUUAACACAGAGCCAGCAGCAGCAUGCCAUUCGAAAGCUUCCAUCACCGUUAGAAUUUUUCUCGUAUACUCUGCAUUUCCAGGGACUCAUGGCAGGUCCGUUGGUGUUUUAUAAGGACUACAUUGAUUUUAUUGAAGGUUGUCAUAUCAUAAAACAGACAUCCGCAAAUGCAAAGUACGACAUCGAGAAAAAGAUCGUUCAUGAACCAUCCCCAGUGAAAGUAGUCGUGAAGAAAGUUGUCGCAAGUUUGGUGUGUGCUUUGAUAUUUGUGAAGUUCGCUACUAUAUAUCCUAUCAAAACGAUGAAAGAUGACGGCUUUAUCGAAAGUUCGGGCUUUUUCUACACCCUGUGGUUCAUGAUGAUGGCCACGACGGCUGUCCGUUUCAAAUACUACUUUGCCUGGUUGAUGGCCGACGCGAUCUGCAACAAUUCUGGGCUAGGCUUCAAUGGUUAUGACAAGCGGGAUGGUGUAACGCCCCGCUGGGAUAUGCUAUCCAAUAUUCAGGUGAUGGAGUUUGAGUUCGGCACCAACUUCCGGAACUGCAUCAAUGCGUGGAAUACCGGAACCAACCGUUGGCUGCGCAUGGUCGUGUUUGAGCGAGUGCCGAAACGCUACGGCACAGUUCUAACCUUCAGCCUGAGCGCUCUCUGGCACGGAUUCUAUCCGGGCUAUUACAUGACGUUCGCUACCGGUGCGCUGAUAGUGAUGGCGGCGCGCAUCGCUCGUAAACUGUUCCGGCCGUCGUUUCAACGUACGGGAAGUUCGCGAUUAUUUUAUGACAUACUGACGUGUCUGGUAACACGCGUCUUCAUGGGUUACGCGACCUUUCCAUUCGUGCUGCUCGAGUUUAAGGCUAGUCUUCGUAUGUACCUGAAUGUGUUUAUGUGCCUUCAUCUAGUCGCUCUGACCACUGUGUUUAUUUUAUCGAAAUACGUACCACGUGAAGAGGCCAGCGGCAAAGCGGUGAAUGUUCGCUCUAAACUUACAGCCGCCGUGGACAAUCAGCCGACCGAUAUUCAAAGCACUCGAAAUGAGGAUAGAGCGGAAAGUAGCGCAUUAGAAGCUGAAUGUAAUAAUGGCAUUGGGAUUAGAUUUCGUGGUGGUGAAAAUGGUCGCCGAAGUGAUGUUUCCAACACCCAAUUGUCCUCCGCUGACUCCCAACAAUUGGUCCACGAUGUAGUGGAUCCAUUCUGUCUAACCACCACUUCAACCACCAGCAACAUCAAUGGCAACCACAAAAAGACUGACGAUUUCCUGUCCGAAGAGGAUAACAACAACAGUGCCACUAUUACUACAAACACCACCAACUUUAACAGUGGAACCUCUACUGCUAAUGGAAAGAGCGGUUCGAAAUUGACGCGGGAGCGAAUUAAAGAGAAGCUGGAACAGGAGACGCGUAGCAUAGAAGAGUUCAUCGACAAGACGGUGACGGGUUUUGUCGAAUUGAAGGAUGAUCUGAUGCGUAUGCCGGACGAAACAAACGGAGGUCUGUACAUUCCUCGCAAGACAAACGGUGGCACCGGGCUAGUGCAUGGUAAUGCAAAUGCAGAUGGUAACAGUAACACCACUACCGGAAACAGUACCACCACCAGCAGCAAUGCGUUCCUAAAGAAAGAGAUAGAUGCGCUGAAUGCUGCCGUCCAGCAAGUUACUGUUUUGCCGGCCGUGUUGAGUAAUGGGCAUGCAAAGUAAAAAAAAAACAAGAACACAAACCCAUACAGGCAUGCAGAAAUGGCUGAAGUGGUUAAAAGCAGUCAAACAUUCUUUUCAUCUAUUGCCCCUUGACGGAUCAUUUUUUUAAAGUAAAGUGAGUUCCUAGGCAGUAUUUGCUAAACUAUCAUACGCACACAUGUACUACGCACAAUGGACAUGAAUAGAUGGUGACAGUGUGGUAGAUUUUUAUAGGUUUGUUUUUCGUUAACUGUGCAACUUUGUCCCACAUCGAUGCAAAAAGUUGAAUGGUAUAGCCUACCAAUAUUUUCUCGUAUUCUACUAACGAGCAAAACGACAAUGAAGAAUCAUAUCUUAUAAUAAAGAUAUGGAGGAUAUAUAAAUUUCUUUUUCUAUAUUUCAGGGAACACUUCUGUUGCAAUUUGUAGGGCCAAAUGAUAUAUACCAUUAAUUUCCCUUACAUUGCCUAUCUGGUAGCAAGUUGCUUAAUGAAUGCAGUUCGAGCGAUCAACAAAUCAAUCACAUAAUGAUGCUUUGUAAAGUAAUCGCCAGCAGCAGAUCGCGCCAAACGUAACGCUGCUAUAAUUAUUAUCACUAUUAGCACUUCGAUAACUAUCGCAGUGAAACCCCAGAGCAGAGCCAAGAAAGGGAUCUAUAUUUUUUAGACACAAAAGAACACUAUUGUUAUAUAUUAAUAUUUCGUACGUGUAUGUAAAUGUGUGUGUGUGUAAAUUUGUUGGGUGUGAGUAUGAGUGUAUCGAUAACAAUGUCGCGUAAUCUAAUGCACAAGUCAACUAAAGCAAAACAAUAUUGCUCUCCAUUACUCAGUUGCUUCCAGAAAAGAGGUCCCAACCCACCAGAAGUUAGAACAUAGUGCAAAAGUGUUAGGAACAAAUCUAACGGAAAAACGUAACUAAAGGAAGGUUUGAAGUGUUUAGCCAUGAGUGAUAAUUGAAUUUCCCUCGUUCUCGAAAAUGUUUUCCAAGUUUAGCUGAUUUUCUGCUGCCAAUAAGUACGAAAUAUAUCAUUUUAUGCGAUGAAUUUUUUAUAACUAACAUAUAUGUCAUGUGCUAAAAAAGAACAUUAUCCCGACGAAUGGAAAUUUACACUUGGAAAA